CCGCCUUCAGCGCAAGCUUCAGCAUGUGGGAUUUUCUUUGAGUGUGGUGCCUAACCCAACAUUCACGCCAUAAACCAUGCACUUCCAAAUCCCCUAUAAAUCUACCCACAAUUUCUUCCCUUCCCAUUUCAUUUCUCAAUUACAUUUUCUCCCUCUUUUUUUCCUUUUCUACUUACCAGUACUCCCCUUAGAGUUGUGGAAAAAAAGAAAUGGCCAGCCUCAAGUGCAGCCCCCUCUUGCUGGUGCUUUCCCUUCUUCUGUUGGUCACUUUCUCUGAUAUGGCUGAGGCCUAUGGUUCUAGGUUUCGCCCUUCAGAUUGCAAGCCGAGAUGUACAUAUCGUUGCUCAGCUACAUCACACAAGAAGCCAUGCAUGUUCUUCUGCCUAAAGUGCUGCUCAAAGUGCCUGUGUGUCCCUCCUGGUGUUUAUGGUAACAAGCAAGUUUGUCCUUGCUACAAUAACUGGAAGACCAAAGAAGGAAAACCCAAAUGCCCUUGAACCUACUUAUAUUACUUACUAUAUAUAUACAUACAUGUGCUUUCCCUCAAGAGUCAAUAAUAAAAUUCAUAGCCAGUCAUUAUGUAGCAGAUACCCUUUUCACUUUUAACUCCAAAUUCAACUAUGCUUGUAGUUCUUGAGCAAAUUCAAGGCAUUAUUUGGUGUGA